AUGGGCACAUAUACUCUCCAUGUAGCUGUGGCGGCACUUAUCGGAGCUUCGUUUGUGGCGGUGUCGGUCUAUUACAUGCACCUUAAAGCCCUAAAUCAGUUGCUUGAGGUCACGAAGACGAUAAAGAGACAAAAAGAGAGAGACGAUACAGCGGCGGAGGACGACUCGCCGCAGCAUUUCAAGAAGUCUGGCGCCGCCGAGAAGCAGCGAAACCAUAGCCGGAGGAAGGGUAACGGCUAUUACAGGCGUGCUUCGAAACCGUUGCCGGAUGUCACGGCGGUUUCUGGUGACGUGGAGGAUGGGAGGAAUGGUACGACUCAUCUGGAUGGGAUUCCAGCUGGAUUGCCGAGGCUCCACAAGCUUCCUGAAGGUAUGCAAAUGUCGGACUUCUCACCGGAAUGAAAGAUGAACCAGUAACGAUUUGAUGUUUUUGAUUAUCUAAGUGGAGCAGUGUUUGGAGAAAUUUGAUGCCAUAGCUGUUACUAGUCCUAAUUGAGCGCUAUAGAUGCUUAUAUGUGAUCGGGGAGCAGGCGUUUACUGUCGUAAUUGAAGUAUAUGCAUAAUCCUAACUCGGAUUUGGAGAGAGAAAUUGAGAAUUGCGUUUGGAUUUCAGAUUUGAAGGGCUGUAUAUUUCCACCUGCUUGUCACAUUGAGAUCAUAAAACACCAGUGUGCAUAAGCUGAAAAUUGAAUUGGUGUAAGCUAGAGCUAAAAGACAUCAAUGAAGCACGAGGCCGACCCAGUCAUGUGUAAAUGGAGCUGCAAGAUUGAGAUCUCCAGGAACUGUGGAGGAUCUCGAGGCCGGAGUAUAGCUUAUUGAAACAAACUACAUCCAGGUGGAUAAACAGCUAAUCGAUCAUUAUUCAAGUGUCAUUAUUG